AUGAGCUAGGAAGUAGGCGAGGAUUUAGCUAAAAUUGAAGAUACCUUAAAAAAGUUAAUGUAGAACAUGUUUGAGUACCUUUAAAAAUUUAUUGAUAAAAAUGAGGAUAAUGCCUAUAUGGAAGAACAUUUCCUUAAGGAAUAUGAUGAUUUAGCUAUGUUUACUGAUAUUAUUGUUAAUUUUUUUGAUUUCUUUACUUAGAAAGUUGAUGAAAAAAUUAAAAAAAUAAAAAAAAACCUUGAAGAUAAUGAUGAUAAUUUCUCUAUUACUGAUAAUGAAGAUUACAAAAAGUUAGAAGAAAUACUAUAAAAACAUGAGGCUGAGAAUAGAACUUACUUAAGAACCUAAUUGUAAAUGAAACUGAUGAUCGAUGGGUUUAAACAAAAGCAAGAAGAACUUGAAAAAGAAAAAUAAGAUAUGAUCAAUUCAACUAAAGCUAAUCUUUAAUAAAAAAAUAAAGAAAUACAAUACCUUCAUGGAGAAAUAGCCAAGCUUAAAAAAUAAAUCCAUGAUUAAAUAGAAAUUAAUAGCAAUUAAGAGUUCAGUAUCAAAGAGUACGAAUCUUAACUCAAUGAUUAUAAAUAAAAAUGCAAGACUCUUUAACAAAAAGUUAACGAACAAAAUUAAGUAGGCAGCUCUUAAAAUAUUCUACCUAAGAAAGAUGGCAGCUUUAAAUCAAUGGGUAUUUCUCUGAACUUAAAAAAGUCCUUAAACAAUGAAAUAAAACACAGUUCAGAUCCGGACUUGAAUAAACAUGCUUUAAUCAGCAACAGCAGUAGCAGAAACAAACAUUAAUUGAAUGCUAGCAGUAUAAGCACACUUUGUACAAAUACAAAUUAAAAAAUAGGAACACCCAAUAAAAAUGAACGUGGUAAAAAUACUGGAAUAGGAUUUAUUUAAAAUAAUUUACUGUCUGUUUCAAGCAGAGGGGGAAAUCCUGUAGUAAAUAAUAUAUAUUAAUCUCAAUAUAGCAGUGGUAAUGGAGCAACUGGAGCAUAUCUGGGAGGAAUAAGUAGCACAAAUACUCAGAGUCUUAAUAGCCAUCCUAUGCAAGAAAUUCAAGACUAGAUAAACUUUUAAUAAGCUAGCUCUGCUCAAAAAACAUUUUAAGAUUACUCAAUAAAAUAAUAGCUUAUUAAAUAAAUUAAAGAUGUCAAUAAAGAAUCUUUGAACAAGUCAAAUUAAAAGGAAUAAAAAGUUAACUCCCACAAUACAAGCUAGCAUAUGGAAUCAAAAGAUUUAGUUGCAUAUUUGAGCAGUGGCCCUAUUUAAUCAAUAUAAAAUUCUAACAAUAACUCAUUUAUAGGCAUGAGCGCUUCUUUAAAACCUCACAAAAGAUCAAAAAGUUAAUAAGGAGGUAAAAUGAAAGGAGGACCUUUAACAAACAAUUAAAAUUUAAAUUCUGCUGGAAGAGCAAACAGCAGUCUAAAUCAAAGAAAUCGCAACCUAAACUCAUCUACAUACCAUCACAACACAUCUGCAGCUGAUUAUUCUUCUUUGAUAAAUAUUUUAAAUAAAGAUUAAUACCUAGAUAUGAAUAUUUCAUCACUAAAUCCAACAGGUAACUAAUUAAUUAAUUAAUUAAUUAAUUAAUUAACUGAAUUUAUUUAAUCAAUCUUUUAACAAUUAAAUUUCUUUAAUUAAAAGUUGUAGUAAAUCCAAAUAAUAACUCACUUAACAAAAUCUCAAACAAAGCAGUGGCUGUUAGCAAUAGCUAAAACUAGUCAAGUAAUGUUAGCAAUAAUAAUAUUAGUAAUUCUACUUUGUCAUAAUAAAUGA